CCUGGCAUCCAAUCGCCUAAAAUGCACUUAUCAAUAUGCGCGUAGAGCAUGUUUAGCCCAGACACUCAUACUCUUGACGUCAUGCCUUCCACCAGACCUCAUUGUGGACGGCCCGUGUGGAAUUGAUUGUAUCAAUCGCUCUCAGUUGAGAGAGAUCGGGAUGGCUAGCACCAAGAGUACCAUUCCUCCACACAAAUGCAAGGUGGAAUGCCGCUCGUUUGAGCCAGUCGUAAUCCCUCGUAUCCAAGCUCACUCCCCGACAUGGCACUAUCCUACUCGGCCGCGCUCGAGAGGCUGCAGGAAGUAGCCCAAUCCCUCCGAGCCUGCCGCACACGGCAGCAAGAAAGCGUCCCCCUAGAAGAUGCAGUAGGCCGAAUCGCCUCAUGCGACCUCGCCAGCCCCAAGUCCACGCCCGAGCACGACACCUCGGCGAUGGACGGGUACGCGAUCCGCUCGCAGGCGACAACCGCGGCGUCACUCGAGAACCCAGCCGUGUUCAGGAUUCACGGCACCGUCGCGGCCGGAGACGACCCACGGCACCUCGUCGCGGUACCGGACGGAGACGGGGUCGAGCCGUGCGUCGAGAUCAUGACGGGCGGGAUCUUCCCGGACGGCGCGCCGGAGUUCGAUGCGUGCGUCAAGGUCGAGGAUACCCUCCUCGCGACGGCUCGGGGGCGGGGCUGCGAGAGGUACGUCCUCGUCACGAAGCCGGUGAACCCGAAUGCGAAUCGGAGAUUUGCCGGCAACGACAUUGGAAAGGGGGACGUGAUAGUGAAAAGAGGCGAGACCAUCCGAUUAUCCCACCUCAUGCCUCUCGCCUCCGUCGGCUUCGAGUCGGCCCCCGUUCUUCGGAAACUGCGCGUCGGCGUCUUCUCGACCGGCAAGGAGCUCGUGAGAGGCAAGGGCGGCGCAGCGGACGUGAACGGGCCGUACCUAACCGCGGCGCUGAGGGACAUGGCCGUUGAUGCAGACUUCCUGGGGACGCUUGAUGACGACCCCGCCACGCUCCAAUAUCACCUACAGAGAGAGGCAGACUCGGCUCUCUACGAUGUCAUACUGACCAGCGGGGCGGUAUCAGUCGGGAAGUUUGACUUUGUUCGCCAGGUCUUGGAUCGCAUGAGCGCCGAGAUCGUGUUCCAUGGUCUGGCAAUACGGCCGGGACAUCCUGUGCUCUUUGCCCUCGUUCCUUCCGCGGAUAGGAAGACGGCGUUCUUUGGUCUUCCCGGAAACCCAGGGGCUGCGGCUGCUUGCUUCCGGUUCCUCGUCGUCCCGUAUCUACGCUCGGUCCAGGGGCAGGGGCUGGAACAGGCCGAGAUGGCGAGUCUAAGACAUUCCCCGGAUCACAACCGACAUAAAAAUACGGGACCGGGCCGGGAACUAGACUCUUUCCGUCACGGGGUCCUGGAGGCCAUUAACGGGGGGUUGGUAGUCGAGGCCACCGAGCAGCAGAGCCCGGCAAAGUUGUGGCCAUUCAUCAGGGCCAACUGUUGGAUACACGUCGAGAGAGACCGUGAACUGGAGGAAGCAGGCCUCGUGAAGUGCUAUCCAAUCUCGCCAGGGAAUGUAGCCGCGGCCUCGUAAUUAUCGGUGCAGCAGUCGCGGCGGCUUGACUGCCCCCGGUGGGUAGUCGAGGAAAUGCAACAAGCCUGCUGCGGGUUCAUCAAGAUCAAUAUCAUGGAUGGUA